GGGUAGCCAGCAGGAGGUACUGAGGUGGCUUCAGGGUGCACCAUCUACAGCAAAACCACCAAAUGCUGACGUUUUUGCUGACUCAUAUUCAGGAAAACAUGAUGCGCAGACACAGUGCACUGUAACUCUUUUUCUUUCCCCCACUAACCUCGAAAGUUUCUGUAGCUCAUGCAAUAAAUGGCUGAGGAAACAGGUGCAGUAACAAGAAGUGAAGAGGAGACCCCAAAAAACUGUGAAGAAGACCCAUUUCCCAGUCGUGAUUCUGACACGGCAUUCCCUGAUUGCUAUGCUGGCCUCAGUGAAGGCAACGGAAGCUCAGUGGUGCCCGAAAGACUGUCUGUCCUCUCUAGCAAGGCUGUGGCCCAAGCGAAAGCACUUGCUGGACCAGAGGUCAUCAGUGGCAGCCAGGCACAGAGCAAGGCCUCUGCCUUGACCAAGCACCAGCUGAUGGCUGUCAGUGCAUCAGCAGGAGGCUCGUCCUGCUCCACAACAGUCUGUAAACCCAAGCGUGAAAGCCUCUUCUGCAGCUGCGACCAGGAUUUGGGGGCGUCAUGUGUCCCUGGGGUGCCUGAGGGGACUGGUGAGCCCUCCAGGGCAGUUGUGGCCCUGUUGGUGAACAACCUCAGGUGCUGCCACGUGCCAGCUGCCAGCGCACGGCCUGUGGAGAGCUGCACUGAGGGCAGCCCUAGCAGUUUAGGCUCAGCCAUCUGGAUGAAGACCACAACAGUGAUGGAGACCUUAGAAAAUAAGAAAAAGGAGGAAAAGGAGAAGUACCGGCUCCAGCUAGCAAUGUAUCGAAGACUCCUGCUAUUGCGUUCUAUCAGGAGCUUGCACAAGCAGCUGGAGCAGCAGCAGGCCAGGCUACAGGAAUGCUAUGGCAUGGUCAUAAAUACCAAGAAAGAAGUGUUGAAACACAUUCGUUCAACCUUGCCUUCUCCUUCUCCAUAAUCAUGUUGCUGCAUGCAAAAAUGAGCUUUGUAAUGCCACUGGAGCCGUCAGUAAGCUUGCACGCCAUGAGGUGGUUUCCUCUGAGCCAAGAGAACGUGCCCACAUGUGCUGAGAGCAGAGAGAAAACAGCAACAGCAGAGCAGAAAGAAAGGGGAAGGCAAAGCAUUGGCCCCUGAAUUUGUCUGCCGGGAGCUGGAAUAAGAUUAUAUCUGUGCAAUAGUGUUAUGCUUGAUGAGCACUCAAGACUUCAAGCAAAAUUAAAAAAAAAACAAAAACGGCUUACAUGAUCAGUAAAGGUGAUUUGAUGCCAGAGUUGCUGAUUGCUAAAUAUGUGAUACAGCACACCUCCCUUGUACUUUUAGUGCUAAUAGAAUGAGCAAAAUUAGGGUUCAGUUCUCUUCAAGAGCCCAGCAAGCCAGGAUAUUAGGAGCGUUUAAACUCAGGCUUGAUGAUGUCCACCCAGCUGCCUGCUUUUCACAAAGCUGCUAAGGCUACUGUAUGUUUGUGACCUCUACCCUCCCACAGAAUGUAUUUAUAGUGACCAGAAAUCUUUCAGGGAGGUAGAACAGUCAAACACAUGUAUAGAGAAACUGUGCAAUUGCCUAAGCCUUAUUAGGAAAGCAAGCUAAAAACAAAGGCCUCAUAAUCUGGCAUUAUGUUGGAAGCCCAGACUGUCAGUGCCAGGGGAAUGUUUGAGGUCUGCACAAUUAUUAAUCUGCUGCUAACUCCCAGUGGCACUGGUGUCUGCAAAUCAAGCAUAUUUUGUGCCUUACUGCUGUCAUUUAAUGGAAGUUGGUGACAAUUAGCACUUUUUAUCCAGGUGUAUUAGACGCCUCGAAAACCCUAGAGCAGUUUCUCCAAUUGCUAGGUUAGGAUGCCUGCAGGAAAUCUGAUGUCAGUAAGCAACAAACAAACAUAGAGAAAAAUAAAGAAAAAAGAUGCAACUUCUUUGUAUGCAUUAAAAAGCCAAUCUGGGUUCCUAUUAUUGAACAGCAAAUUGAAUUGUUGAAUGUGCUGUCUUAGAAUCUGAAGCAAAAAUUAUUUGAGGAGAGAAGCUAUUGAAAAGCUCCCCUUUCUGGGACUUAAAGUGUCAUAGAAAAAUCUUUUUUCUUCAGAUAUUCAUUUCUGAUGAUGCCACCUUUUUUUUUUUUUAACCCUGUUGUUCUUUGUUACAAAUGUGUAGGUAGAUGAGCAAUCAAACAAGUUUUUGGCAUGGGUUUGUUUUGUUUUGUUUCUUUUGCAUGAAAAGGCAAGUCUGUUACUAGAAGUCAUAUCUUUCUCAGAAUAGGGUUCUAUAUAUCGAAAACUUUUUCUCCUUGGCGCUUUUGUGUGCUCAUAGAGGGAAGGUGUCUGUGUUUGUGUGCACACACAGGCACCUAUACACAAAUGGUCCUGAAAGGCUGGCACUUCUUUUUCUGUAGUAGAAACAGGAAUAAUCUCAAAAUAAUCUUUGCUGUCUUUGAGGAGUUGGUUGAUUAGAUUCACAUGCGCACAUCUGUGAGCAAGGUAUUGAAGUAAUUUAACAAUUGAAGUGCAGCACAACAUUGUUAUUAUUCCAUCUUUAUAUUUCCUUGCACCCAAAAUAAUGGAAGCCCCCUGGGUAUGCACAACCUUACAUAGGCUUAUUCAUCUCCUUGGGCCCCUGCACAGCCUCUUACACAGCACAAGCCUGUAAUUUUGUAUGCAGAAUUACCAUAGAAACGUUCUUGGCAUCAAGGAGGUGUUUGAAGGAGCAUCCUGCACUGUCUCAUAUAGGGAAUUUGGGUUGCCAGAGGCUGUCAGUGGGCUGCAGAAGAUAGAGCUGGGGAAUCUACGUGACUGGAGGACAUUACUCCUGUGCUCCGAUCCCACCCAGCUCUGUUCAGCCUUGGGAAAGCUGUUCUCUGCCAGUAACUCACAUUUACCAAAGAACACUAAACUCACCUCAAAGGUAAUCUGUUCUGUCUUAAUAUGCCUCCUAGGAAGGAAGAAUGAUCAUGGCUGAGAGGACUAUGCAAAGAUUUGAUUUUUUUAAUUAUUAUUAUUUUAAUUUUAUUUUUUUCAAUUCCUGACCUAAGA